AUGGAGCUGGGAGAUGUAACACCACACAAUAUUAAACAGUUGAAGAGAUUGAACCAGGUCAUUUUUCCAGUCAGCUACAAUGACAAGUUCUACAAGGAUGUGCUGGAGGUUGGCGAGCUAGCAAAACUUGCCUAUUUCAAUGAUAUUGCUGUAGGUGCAGUAUGCUGCAGGGUGGAUCAUUCACAGAAUCAGAAGAGACUUUACAUCAUGACACUAGGAUGUCUUGCAUCUUACCGAAGGCUAGGAAUAAGAACUAAAAUGUUAAAUCACGUCCUAAACAUCUGUGAAAAAGAUGGCACUUUUGACAACAUUUAUCUGCACGUUCAGAUCAGCAAUGAGUCAGCAAUUGACUUCUACAGGAAGUUUGGCUUUGAGAUUAUUGAGACAAAGAAGAACUACUAUAAGAGGAUAGAGCCUGCAGAUGCUCAUGUGCUUCAGAAAAACCUCAAAGUCCCUUCUGGUCAGAAUGCAAAUGCGCAGAAAACAGACAACUGA